AUGUCAACGAGAAUAUUGGAAAAUUCAUUCGUGCCCGCGUUGACAAACUGUACGAACUUGAAGGAAUUGAAGAAAAUCCAUGCCCAUGUAGUCAAAUUCUCGCUAUCGCAGAGCAAUUUCUUGGUUACAAAAAUGGUAGAUUUUUGUGAAAAAAUUUCAGAAGUUGAGUACGCGAGUUUGUUAUUCGGAAAAGUGAUUCAACGAAACGUUUUUUUGUUUAACGCAAUGAUCAAAGUCUAUACACAUAGCUACAAGUACGAUCUAGCUUUGGUUCUCUACAAGGAAAUGGUCAGAGAUAUAAACCCUAAAAAUCCCAUUUUUCCUGACAGGUUCACUUUCCCAUUUGUGAUCAAAUCUUGUGGAGGAUUGCUCUGUAUCAAUUUGGGUAGACAAAUUCAUUGCCAAGUUUGUAAAUUUGGGCCAAAUUCCCAUUCAAUCAUUUGCAAUGGUUUAAUGGAUAUGUAUAUAAAGUUUGAUACUUUAAGAGAUGCACAAAAGGUGUUUGAUGAAAUGUGUGAAAGAGAUUUAAUCACUUGGAAUAGUUUAAUUUCAGGUUAUGCUAGAAUGGGAAAGAUGAAAAGGGCAAGAGAGUUGUUCAAUGAAAUGGGUCCCAACAAGAGUAUUGUCUCUUGGACUGCAUUGAUUUCUGGGUACACAAAGAUUGGAUGUUACUCUGAUGCAUUGGGUGUUUUCAUGGAAAUGCAGAAAUUGGGUAUUAAUUUUGAUGAGAUUUGUGUUGUUUCUGUUUUGCCAGUUUGUGCUCAGCUUGGUGCUUUUGAGAUUGGGAAAUGGAUUCAUAUUUAUUCAGAGAAAAAGGGAUUUUUGAAGAGUUCAAUUUGUGUUUGUAAUGCCAUAAUUGAAAUGUAUGCAAAAUGUGGUUGUAUUGAUAUUGCAUUGAAGUUAUUUCAUCAAAUGACUGAAAAAGAUGUCAUUUCAUGGAGUACUAUGAUAGGUGGUUUGGCACAUAAUGGUGAGGCUUGUAAAGCAAUUGAACUCUUUAGAGACAUGGAAAGGUCAAAAGUUAAGCCUAAUGGUAUCACACUUCUAGGACUUCUUUCGGCUUGUGUUCAUGGUGGGUUUUGGAGUGAAGGAUUGAGCUUUUUCGAAUCAAUGACUAGAGAUUAUCAUUUAGACAUCGAAAUCGAGCAUUAUGGUUGUGUUGUUGAUCUUUUAGGUCGCUCGGGGCGCCUCGAUCAAGCACUUGAAACGAUAAGGAAAAUGCCAAUGAAGCCGAAUUCUAAGAUUUGGGGUUCUUUGUUAAGUUGUUGCAAGGUUCAUGGUAAUCUUGAGGUUGCUUAUGUUGCCAUGGAACAUCUUUUGGAGCUUGAACCAAGUGAUGUAGGGAAUUAUGUGUUGAUUUCGAAUGUUUUUGCAGAUAAUGGAAGGUGGGAAAGUGUUUCAAAUGUUAGGAAGCUAAUAACAAAUAGUAAUAUGAAGAAAAUUCCAGGUUGUAGUUUGGUUGAAGAGUCUUCUUGAGUCUCUUUGUAGUGAUGUCAAUUUCUCGUGUA